AUGGCAUCGGAAGGCAUCGAAGUGUCUUCUUCAGCGGUUACCUGGAACUUGCCUACAUUUGUCAUGCGGGAAAUUAUUGAUUUUCCCAAACUAGGCACAGAGGCCAAUCCUAUAGUGGUCAGCGAUGACGCUGGUCCUCUGGGCUCGGCUUCUAAUCCCAUCAUAAUUAAUUUUGACAACGAUUGCGGCCACCACGUGCCAUGGGAAUAUCAUUCUGAUGGCGACACGGAGGUUGUGGCUACACCGGACUUUUUGGAAAAUCUUAUUGAUGGUAGCUUUCCUAACCUGCCAAAUGAGGAGGCGGUCAUGGAUCGAUUUUUCCAUUGCUCCAAGGGUCUUAAAGGAGCCACUACUACCUCCACAUAUGUAGCCAUAGAUUUAGCAUUGGGGACCAAAGCAGGACCUAGGUCCGUAGUCGAGAUGUGA